AUGGCAGAUCUUAUUCCUUUUCUUUUCUGGGAAAAGCAAGAAGGAUAUUUAUGCGCACAACAUUGCUUAAACUCACUUCUCCAAGGCGAGUAUUUUACAGCAGUAGAUUUAGGUGAAAUAGGUCGUAGAUUGGAUCAAGCAGAACAUGAUGCAAUGACUUCUCCGGAUCAACAACAAAAUUCACAACAGCAACCAAACACAAGAUUCUUUUCAGUACAAGAAAGUGUUUAG